CAGCUGGGUGAGCAGCGUACCAUAAAGCAAAAUAUGCAAAAAGAGAAAAAGAUUUGUUUACAUCUUGCAUCAAAAAAAUAUUGGUGUUGCAACGUUUUGUGUGAUCGUUCGUUGUAACGUAUAUUAAUUGCAUUGAAAAUCAUAAUGUCUGCAUUGCGCUUGAGCCAAGUGGAACGCGACCAUUUGGCGUUGCUGCAACGCCCGGCCAGCGAUGUCCUCGAACUCUGUAAAUCGGCAUUCGAUUAUCUUGUGAACGGGCCCAACUUGGAGCGCUACGACUUGCUGGCCAAGAAGUGCGCCGGCGAUGUGAGCAGCGUGAUAGUGCAGCGGGCCGUGGAGGCCUUAAUAUCGCUGCUAAUCCAUGUAACCACAAAGACUGGCGAAACUGUUGACAUACGUCAGACAUUUCCCGAUCUCAGCGACGAUGUGAUUGAGGUGCUCGAACAGUUCGUGAAUAGUAAACACAGUUUUGUGGAGGGUUCGAUUAAGUCGGCCAAUAUACGUGCCUAUCGGCUGGUCAAUCUCGAUUGGCGAUUGGAGGUGCGCACAGCGUCCCGCUGUCUUCUACAGCAAUCGAAUGUGGUGAUAACAAUGAAGCUCUAUUUGCACACCGAGCCAAAGAGCGAGAAUCGCGAGCUGCUCGAAACGGAUGUGUCCAAGCGGACCGAGAAGGAGCUUAGCGCCAUGCAGGAGGAUGAGCGACGACAUCGCAAGGAUUUGCUGGUGCAAACGGAUGUCAGCAGCCUGGUGCACAUCAUUAAAUCGCUCGAGGAUGCCCUGGCCGAGUCGAAGACGCGUCGCAUUAAAAACAUUGUCGAUGCCAUACACUAAAUAAUAUUAACCUUUUAGUUUUUUAGUCAUGAUAUUAACUAUAUUUUAAGCUGGACCAAUUUAUUGCAAUUACAACUAA